AUGGAGAUUAACACACUCACCCCAGAAGAUGUCAAACAAGUGGCUACGAGCACAGCUCGCUCUGUACCCGCAGAUAAGAUCGAUUCUACAUUCAAGUCGCAAUACACAGACUUGAUCUCCGCAGCUCUUGGUUCAAAGGUGCUCUCUUUCAGCGAUGAAUACUUCGCCGCAGCCGAGAACCUCAUAACACCCACUCCUCCUAUUCGCAAACCUGGCUACUUCGUACACACUGGUGCAUGGUACGACGGCUGGGAGUCGCGAAGACACAAUACCGAGCCCGCUGACUGGGUUGUCAUACGACUGGGUACCGCGAGUGGAAAGGUAGCAGGCAUAGAGAUUGACACUGCACACUUCAAUGGAAACCACGCACCCGAAAUUGCGGUCGAAGGUGCUUUCAUUACAGAUGAGAAGGAGGAGGAGGAAGUCAAGAAACCAGGCUACAAAGGCUGGGAGACCAUCCUUGCGAAACAAGAAUGUGGACCUAGCCAAAGACACGGCUGGCUGUUGGACAAAAUCACGGACAAGGCAUACACACAUGUCAGACUGCUCAUGUAUCCUGAUGGUGGCAUCGCGCGUUUUCGUCUCUAUGGAGUUGCCGUGCCCGUCUUCCCGCAAGAUACAUCUGCUGUCUUUGAGCUCUCUGCCACAGUCAUGGGUGGUGUAGCCACGUCAUGUUCCGACCAACAUUUCGGUACAAAGGACAACCUUCUCCUCCCCGGACGUGGCAAAGAUAUGGGUGACGGCUGGGAAACAAAGCGCACGCGUGGUGAGCACGUCGACUGGGCGAUAGUGCGCCUAGGCACAAAGGGGGAAAUCGACCGUAUUGUAAUCGACACGGCGCACUUUAGGGGCAACUUCCCGCAGAAGGUACAGGUUUUUGCAGGCAAUUUCGAGAAGGAUCCUACGCAUGAUGAUGCUGCGUGGGUGGAGGUAUUGGAGCCUCAAAAGACGGGCCCAGACACUGAGCACAAGUAUACCGUGGAACUAAAGGAAGUCAAGGGUAGGAGCUACACGCAUGCCAAGUUAGUCAUCAUCCCCGAUGGGGGUGUGAAGCGCUUCAGGGUAUUUGGACGGAGAGUCAAACCACUCAUGGAAACUUCCUUGAAACUUCAGACGAGCGCACACAGCAGACACCCUUCAAGGUCCAUUUACCGCAUAACCACGAUUAGUCUGCACCUCAGGGUCCUGCAGUUAAUGUUUGCAAAGUCACAGAGCCCAAACGGUGUUAGCACUAGCUCUUCAAGCUUUGUCGCAACGAUAAAUUGA